GCUCAGGAAUUAACCCAGGAAUCCUGCCCGACUGGAAGCUUGAUCAGCGCCUAUAUAUGUUAGUGAGCAGAGGCUGGGAGCAUCAGAGCCUUCAAGUCCGGAGGAAGGGAAACCGCACACCUGUUGGAACCAAGUGAAUUGAUCGGAUUAGUUUAGAGACCAGGCAAACAUGUCAGGAAACGCGAGUAUUUUACCCAGCGAUGAGGCGUUUGAGGACUUCAAGAAGCAAUGUUUGGCCACCGAGAACUGGGUGAACAAAUAUAAGAAGGAGGCGAUGGAGGUGUGGAUUGAAGAACCUGUAUACAGGGGCAGCAACUCACCUAAAGUACAUAAAAUCAAGUGUAAAAUGUCCAUCAAAGACGUGUCGGCUGCCACCAUGUACGAUGUUAUUCACGAUGGCCAGUACCGUAAGACGUGGGAUCCCAAUAUGCUGGAAAGUCGUGACAUCGCUCGCAUCUCUGACAACGCCGAUUUUGGCUACUACUCCUGGCUUUGUCCAAAGCCGAUAAAGAACAGAGAUGUUGUGACUCUGCGUUCGUGGCGAGUGAAGGAUGACGAGUACAUCAUAAUAAAUUUCUCUGUCAAACACACGAAAUAUCCACCACAAAGCAAUCUUGUGAGAGCAGUGUCCCUCCUUACUGGUUAUUUCAUCAAGCCCACAGGACCAAAGAGUUGUACUUUUAUUUACCUUUCACAAGCUGACCCGAAAGGUUCUCUUCCAAAAUGGGUGGUGAACAAAGCAUCACAAGUCCUGGCUCCUCGGGUGAUGAAAAGUGUGCACAAGGCAGGACAGAACUACCCAGCAUGGAAACAGCAGCACCUUCCUGAGGUGAAGCCCUGGCUCCACCCUGAGCAGAGCACCCUUCCCAUGAUGGACCCUGCCGAACUGUCCAUACAGAGAUCAGACUCGCUUGAAAACGUGGACGAAAGCUCCAAAGUGGACGCUCAGGAAAGUGAGGACAGCAGCUAAAAAUCGCACACCACUAAAGGAGGAAAGGAGGCCAGAGAAGAGUUUAGGGGAUGACCUGUAUAUGUAUAUAUAUUUUCGUUUUUUUUUUUGUUUUUUUUUAAGAGAGACUUUAACAUCCCAGUUCUCUGUGAGAUCACCUAAAUCCUCAAGUUUUCCACAUCAAUGUGCCUUAUGGCAGAAAGAAGAGCAUCAAGUGUUUACAUUUGUCUUAAUACAGAAAAGAGCACAGAUCAAGGCUUCAUUCACCUCACUCAACCCAAGCUUGUGCACACAACUGGAGGUGGGGGAUAUUUUUAAAGCGCUAUAGUCAAACGGGUCAUCUGCAGGGGUAUCUGUUUUUCAAAAAGCUUAAUUUGAAAGGAAAUGGAGUGCAGCUGCUGGAUAUUUUAUUUUGUCUGUAUACUAAAAAUAAGUUAAUGUUUAGUCCUGAUUACUAAAACACAACUUCUUUUAACUUUUUUUUUUUUUUGUAUCUCAGAGACCAUUUAAAAAAGUCUCUUUAUGUAAAGGGACCACCAUCUAAAACUCAUUUGUUUUUGAUUAAAACAUAUUUGACAGAUAUUUAGCUGUUUUUAAGAAUAAUGUAUUUGUGCAAGUUAGGUUUUUUUUUUUUUACUGGAAGUUAAUUUUUGACUGAUGUUUGCCUCUAAUGUGUAAUGAAAAAGUUAUGCAAUCAAUUGAAGCACAGACGUCUAUCGUCACCUUAAAGGGAAAGAACCAUUUUAUGUAAAUAGUAAUUCUGGUUUACUAUUGGAGUAUGGUCAUAACCACAACUGUUGUAUUUAUUACACUAAACUUAUGAAGCCAUGAAUGGAAUGACGUCCUUUCGGCUGAAGUUAGUCUUCCCUUUUAUUGUUCUCAGAAUAUUUGAGUUUGACUUUUUAAAAUAAACCCGACAAAGGUUAACAUACUGCAGUAA